UUCAUCUUUCCUCUCCUCUCCUCUACUCUUGUGAUAUAACAGAAAAAAUGGGGUUGUUUUGUUAUGAAUUCUCCUUGUUUGUGAUAGCAUGCUCUAUGGCGGUGGUUGCUUCAGGCAACUUCUAUCAGGAUUUUGACUUAACAUGGGGUGACCGACGUGCAAAGAUAUUCAACGGAGGACAGCUUCUGUCUUUGUCUCUAGACAAGGUUUCUGGGUCUGGAUUUCAGUCCAAGAAGGAGUACUUGUUUGGGAGGAUUGAUAUGCAGCUCAAACUCGUCGCUGGCAACUCUGCUGGCACUGUAACAGCCUACUAUUUGUCUUCGCAAGGACCAACGCAUGACGAGAUCGACUUCGAAUUCUUGGGAAACCUUAGUGGCGACCCUUAUAUUUUGCACACUAACGUAUUCACUCAGGGGAAGGGAAACAGAGAGCAGCAGUUCUAUCUCUGGUUUGAUCCCACGAGGAACUUCCACACUUAUUCCAUCAUCUGGAAUCCUCAGCACAUCAUCUUCUUGGUGGACAGCAUUCCCAUCAGGGUGUUCAAAAAUGCUGAAUCAAUUGGAGUUCCAUUUCCCAAGAGCCAACCCAUGAGGAUUUACUCUAGCCUCUGGAAUGCUGAUGACUGGGCUACAAGAGGUGGAUUGGUCAAAACUGACUGGACCAAGGCGCCCUUCACCGCAUACUACAGAAACUUCAAGGCCAGUGCCUGUACUUGGUCUUACGGUACUUCUUCCUGUGGUUCCAAGCCUUCCAGUGCUUUCUCUGAUGGUGCAUGGAAAACCAAUGACCUUGAUGCUCCAAGUAGAAGAAGACUGAGAUGGGUUCAGAAAUAUUUCAUGAUCUACAACUACUGCACUGACCUAAGACGCUUCCCUCAGGGUCCCCCUCCUGAGUGCAAAUAGAUUCAUGGAUGAACCCUUUCUUGAGAUUUAUGGUAUUGAACUUUGAAGUCCAUGGAUCGAUGGAGAUUCUUUGCACAUACCCUUGUACUCCAAGUUACACUUAGCUUGAUCGAUAUUCAGGGGCCGCCAGAAUAAAAUCCUAUUCUUUUGCUUCUUGUUUAUCUAUAGUACUUCCUUUUGUCAGGAUGUUUCUACGUUCUCCAGAUAAUAACGAAUCUUGUUUGAGUUUAGUUUCUCUAAAUCAGUGGUUAUUUAUGAAGGAUUAUUAUAAUUAUGAUCA